UAAAAUGUCAGAUUUAUCAACAAAUGACAGGCUUAUGUUAAAUAACAUGGAUUUCCAAAAUCAUACCAAUUCACGUCCAAAAUUUCAACCAAUACGAGUGAAAGAAUUAUUACAUUUUUGUGAAAGCGAUGAUGAUGAAAGUGAGGACAGACCACAAGAUUCUGAUAUUGAAUCAGAUUUUGAUGAUCCUCAACCUUUACCACAAGAUGAUCAUGUUGAACAUGAUUCAAUUCAAUCAUUAUCUUUGCUUAAUGUAACAUCUAAUAAAUUAAAAGAAAUUUGUAAAGAAUCCAUAUCAUUUAAUAAUAUUGUAAAAUGUGAGCCUGAAAUUAAAUCAACAUUUCAUGAAUAUGAACAUAAUAUGACAAAUGAAAAUGUGAAAUGUGAACAUUCAAAUCAAAUGCAAUUAAAUAUUCAAACUAAUGCACAAGAAAAACUUUCACAAACUGAACACAAAAAUAAAUACAUUACUAAUAUAGAAAUUAAAGAAGAAAUUAAAGAACAAUUGACUCAAGAUCAAUUUUUAGACCAACAAACUUCUUGUAAAAUGAACAAUAAUACUGAAUCUAUUGCUUCUACAUUUCAAUAUUUUGAAAAGGUACCACAAUUUGGAAUGCAUAAUUUGCAGAAUAUAAAUUGCAAAAAAGAAGCAUUAGAAACAGUAGAAGAAAAAUUAGCAUCCAUAGCAAGUGAAGAGAAAAUUCAUUAUGAAAAUGUAUCUUCCAAGGGUAAAUCAUUAAUAUCAGAUACAGGAACAUUUGUUAAUUCUAUUGAUCAAUGGUUACAAACUCCUUUAAAACAUGCAUCUAAUUCUAUACAUUCAGAUCCAUGUUUCUCUCGUAGAAAUAUUAUUCAAACUCCACAAAACAAAUUAUCAGAUCCAACCUCUAAAGAUCAUAGUUUAGCUUUAACAGUUUCAUCUCAUUGGUCUCAAAAUAAUAUAAAACAAACUCCAUUACAGAACAAGAAUAUUAAUUUCAAAGAUUCUAUGCAAACUCCAAAAAAUUCUUUUUAUCUUACAUCAACAUCAAACAUAGGAAAGAAUGAAACUCCAAGAUAUUUCGAUACAGGAGGAAAAUUAAGAAAGCCUUUAGCAGACACAGGAAGUUUUACACAAAAUGAUGCUUAUAAUAAACAUUUAUUACAAGGAUCUCAAUUUCCUAAGGUAAAUGAAGAAACACCUAAAAUUCAAAAUAAAUUAUCACAUGAAAAUUUAAAUAAAACAGAUUUGUCAAAACAAAUAUUUGAUACAUCAGAAAAUGUUGAACAUCUGGAAUUAAAAGAAAAAAAAUAUAAUCAAAGUAAAAAGGAUAAGUUAUUAGAUAAAGAAACAAUAAAUAAAAUAUCAAAUAAACAUGUUCCACAUUGUAUCAAAAACAAUAAAGAAACUGUAAAACCAGUAUAUCAGAAUCAACAUUCAGAAGUUAGUAAUCAAAAUCAACACCAAGAAUUUAAAAAAGUUAUAGAUAAUCCAUUAAAUUUACAAUUUUCAAUGCCAUCUAAUAUUCCAAAAUCUAGACAAAAUAGAACUCUUUUUGUUAAAGGAAAAGAGUAUUUAAUUUUGGGUACACUUGGUCAAGGUAUGAGUGGAGAAGUUUUAAGAGCACAAGAUUUAUCUUCUCUCGAGUUAUGUGCUAUUAAAUGUGUUAAUCUUAAUCGUAUGGAUAAGGACUCAGCACAAGGUUGCUUAGAAGAAAUUUCAAUGUUACAUAAAUUACAAGCACCAUGUGUUGUUAAAAUGUUUGAUUAUGAAAUUAAAUAUCCAAUGGUAUAUGUAGUAAUGGAAAUGGGAGAUACUGAUCUCAGUCGUCUUUUAAAAACAACAUCUCAAGAAAAACAAAUUCCUCUUACAAUGAUUUUAUAUUAUUGGACAGAAAUGUUAACAGCUGUUAAGCAUAUACAUGAUAAUGGAGUAAUUCAUUCUGAUUUAAAACCAGCAAAUUUUUUAUUAGUACGGGGACGAUUGAAACUUAUAGAUUUUGGAAUUGCUUCUAGUAUGAAUGCUGAUAUGACAUCUGUUGUAAAAAAUUGUCCAAUAGGAACUUUAAAUUAUAUUAGUCCAGAAGCAUUAAUGGAUAUUGGUGGAAAUUCAGAUUCUCCUACACAGAAUGUUAAAUAUAAAAUAAGUUUUAAAUCAGAUGUAUGGUCUUUAGGAUGUAUUUUGUAUAGUUUAGUAUAUGGUCAUACACCAUUUCAUCAUAUUCGAUCACAAUGGGCUAAAGUAAAUGCUAUAACCAAUCCAAACUUGAAUAUUCCUUUUCCUAAAUCUCUGUCAGAAGAUGGUAAUAAAGUUACAUUUUCACCACAAAUUUUAAUUGAUGUAAUGCGAAAAUGUCUUCAACAUAAUCCAAAAGCACGACCAACAGUAGCUGAACUUUUGGAAGUAGAAUAUAUUAUGACUACAGGAGAACAUACUUCAACACCUCCUGAAAUUCCAGCAAAUAUUCUAGUGAAAAUAAAGCAUACAUUAAAUGAGGACGAAUGGCGGCAGUUAACAUGGGUUUGUAAUAAUUUUUAUAAUACUAUUUGUAAUAUUGAUAUAAAAAAAAUUAUUUUGUAUAUAAAUUUUACUUAUAUUACAGAUUUUGGAGAAUAGAAGAUAGAUAUAAAUGAAAUACUUCUAAUUAUCUCAGAUUAAAUAUUUCUAAUUAUGUACAUAGGUUUUUUUAUACAUAAUAAUUGGCAAUAAUAGAAGGCUUAUUUAAAUAUAUAUAUAUAU